AUGUCGCCUCAGACACAGAAGUUACACAAGCAUUGGUUCGUCGCCGCUUUGCUGCUACUGGCCAUGUUGACGGUCUAUACCACUGAGGCCUUGCCCACCUACGCUUGUGGUCUUGGAGUUGAUGAUGACGAUUGCAUAGAUGCAGCAAUGCAUCCAGAUUUACGCCCCGGCUCGAUGUCAAAUCGGGCACAAGGCAACAGUGAGCGUAAAAUUGAGUAUUGGCUGGAGCAGGGUAAAGAGUUCGUAAGCAAACAAGCAAAUGCUAAACGUAAUACGGGCAAAGCCAAGAAUAUUAUACUUUUUCUGGGCGAUGGCAUGGGGCUAACCACCUUUACGGCAGCGCGUCAGCUGCUCGGCGGCGAGGAGCAGAAACUCUCAUUUGAGAAAUUUCCAUAUACCGGAUUUUCGAAAACUUAUUCGGUCAAUACGAUGGUGCCCGAUUCGGCUUGCACUUCCACCGCCUACUUGUGUGGAGUGAAAGCUAAUCAUGGCACGAUCGGUGUUAAUGGACACGUAGAACGCAGCGAUUGCGAAGGUAUGGUCAAUACUACGAACCACGUGCACUCUAUAGCGAAAUGGGCUUUGGACGCGGGCAAAUCAGCUGGUCUCGUGACCACAACACGCGUAACACACGCCUCGCCGGCUGGUGUAUAUGCGCACGUAGCGGAUCGCGAAUGGGAGAAUGAUGCAGAAUUAGCGGCUGAUUGUGGUGAGGAGUCACUGCUGCAAGAUAUCGCGCUGCAGCUUAUGAAAGGCGUGGUGGGCAAACAAUUGAAGGUGAUACUUGGCGGUGGCAAACGUGAAUUCAUCGACUCUACGCUGUAUACAAAGGGUAAAAGAAAGGAUGGGCGCAAUUUGAUUGAGGAAUAUCAACAGCAGUCCGCACGUAAUGCUUACGUGGAGACACUUGAAGAGUUGCAGAAUUUGGAUGUGAAAUCACACGAUCGGCUGUUGGGCCUUUUCCACAGAACGCAUUUGGAUUACAAUUUAGAGGCAGAAGAAACGCAGCCGUCUUUGAAGGAAAUGACUGUGCGCGCUAUCGAAAUGUUACAAAAAGACGAUAAUGGAUUUUUCCUGUUUGUGGAAGGCGGGCGUAUUGACACAGCGCAUCACUACAAUAUGGCGGAAUACGCUUUGGACGAGACCGUAGAGCUGUCGAAAGCUAUUGAAGCAGCACGUGAAAUGACAUCGGAGGACGAUACACUGAUUGUCGUGACGGCGGAUCAUUCGCAUACAUUCAGCAUUUCAGGCUAUCAGGACCGUGGUAGCAAUAUUUUCGACGUCACGCCAAACUUAGCCACCGAUGAUAGGUCUUACUUAGCAUUGAGCUAUGCAAAUGGUCCCGGUUUCGAAGACUAUUACAAUACUGCAAAGUAUAAACGGCGCCAUCCUGAAAAAGUGGACAGCGACACCUAUCCCUCUACAGUACCUUUGGAGAGUGCAAGCCAUGGUGGGGAGGAUGUUGCUGUGUUCGCUUCAGGUCCUUGGGCCCAUCUAUUUACCGGCGUCUACGAACAGAAUACAAUACCUCAUUUGAUGGCCUAUGCAGCAUGUGUGGGGGAGGGGUUGAAGGCGUGCUAAAUGUAGAUCGAAUGCGUAUUGAUAAGGUUGUGAAUAUAAAGUUUUUAAAUUAGUUG